AUGUCUAAGAUUACUUCUUCUCACGUUCGUGAAAAUGUUCACAAGUUGUUGGAUCACUCCAUCAACACCAAGAAGAGAAACUUCUUGGAAACCGUCGAAUUGCAGGUCGGGUUGAAGAACUACGAUCCACAAAGAGACAAGCGUUUCUCUGGUACCUUGAAGUUGCCACAGAUCCCAAGACCAAACAUGUCCAUCUGUAUCUUCGGUGAUGCCUUCGAUGUUGACAGAGCCAAGUCUUUGGGUGUCGACGCCAUGUCCGUUGAGGAUUUGAAGAAGUUGAACAAGAACAAGAAGUUGAUCAAGAAGUUGGCCAAGAAGUACAACGCCUUUGUCGCUUCCGAAGUCUUGAUCAAGCAGGUCCCAAGACUUUUGGGUCCUCAGUUGUCCAAGGCUGGUAAGUUCCCAACCCCAGUCUCCCACAACGAUGACUUGUACGCCAAGGUUAACGAUGUUAAGUCUACCAUCAAGUUCCAGUUGAAGAAGGUUCUUUGUUUGGCUGUCGCUGUUGGUCACGUCGAGAUGGAAGAAGAUAUCUUGGUCAACCAGAUCAUGAUGGCUGCUAACUUCUUGGUUUCUUUGUUGAAGAAGAACUGGCAGAACGUCGGCUCCUUGGUUGUUAAGUCUUCCAUGGGUCCAGCUUUCAGAAUCUACUAAUUUCUUUCAUAUUUGAUAAUUAUCUUCAUUGAUAAGUGUAUAAUAAUUUAAGUUAGUAAACACCCCUUCAACAUAUCUG